ACUGAACUUGUGUAAAAUUGAUUUGUUUACCAUUGGUGCUAAUUCAUUUUACGGAAUAAAUAAUCAAUGAGUUACAAAUAUUCCCUUACUCUGUCACAAUGGCUACUCGUGAGAUAUUAACUCUUCAAUUUGGUCACUAUACGAAUUAUAUUGGUGCUCACUUCUGGAAUACACAAGAGCUUAGCUUUGACUAUACAGGCCUUAAAAAAACUGAAGUUAAUCAUGAUAUUUUAUACCGCGAAGGGGAAAAUGGUAAAGGAGAAACUACUUACACACCGAGGCUCCUUUUGGCGGACUUGAAAGGUUCUCUGAAAACCCUACCAGUGAGUGGCGGAUUACCUGAGGAAAGCGAUCCGGACUACCUAGAGUGGGAAAAUGUUGACAAAGUUGAAGAACCAGCUCCUCAAAAGAAUCAGUAUUUAGUUGAUAUUGAUUCAGAAGGACCAGCAGCUGCAGAGAAAACUUAUAACUUUGAAGAAGAAGUCAAAACCUGGACCGAUUUUAUUUAUCCUCGCUUACAUUCCCGUUCAGUCAAUGUUAUCAAAGAAUACAACCAUGGCGAUGAAAAUGAAGGAUUUGACAUUUAUAACUCUGGCACCGCAUUAUGGAAACACGACUUUGGCGACACAUUCAGUGAUAAUAUUAGAAAAUAUGUAGAGGAAUGUGAUAGCAUGCAAGGGUUCCAAGUUAAUUUUGACUGUAUUGAUGGAUUUUCUGGAAUGGCAAUGGGUUGCAUUGAAUAUUUGGCAGAUGAAUAUACUAAGCCUAUUGUAGCUUAUCCUAUCAUUCCAUCAUACUUUCCUGAUAAUAAUCCUAGCACACAAGAAGAAAGAGAUAAAUCUAAUUUAAAAGACUCAACUAGGCUGGUAAAUCUUGCUCUUUCUCUGCAAGCAUUAUCUGAACAUGCCACAUUAUUUGUACCUUUGUGUACCGGUGAAAAAGGAUGGAGAAAACCAGGAAACCCAAGAUCUUUUGAAUACAUUAACUACAACCCACAGCUUUACUACCACUCCUCAGCAUUAUUGGCCACAGCUAUUGAUACUCUUAGUCAGAAAUACAGACACAAAAGCAACAUUCAUACCAUGUCUGAUAUCUGUGCAGAUAUGACUGGGUAUGGAAGGAAAAUGGCAGCAGCUUCCCUUGGCAUGCCAUUUGCAUUGAAUGAAUCACAAUACCUGAUUGAUUUUCUGAACAAUACAACUAAACCUAUUUAUACAUCCCUAACACCCAGUUGUAAGAUUGCAUCAGACAAACUGUUCCAGUUGAUCACAGUCAGAGGGAUACCAGAAAGCUAUUUGAAAGCACCACUGAAGGAAGCCAAAGAACAAAUGAAUUUACCGGCAUACCGAUGCAACAGUGUCAAAGAAAUGUUUGAACUUUAUUUCCAAGCAAGCAACUUCUUAUCAGCAACAAAUGUUACUGUCUGUGAGCAGCCCUUUGAGUUAAAAACACCAUAUCCACAAUUUUUCUCGAAAGAUCUAAACAAAUAUGGUUUUGUAGCAAGUGAUAGUACACAAGAGAGAUUCGAAAGUUGUGCUGUUGUGGCAGGCUACCAUAAUGGCAAUUUUAUGGCUGAUAUGAUUGAGAAAGUACACAGAGAGGUCAGCAGAAUUCAGUUUGCAAAAUUACACAAAUUCAGACAAGAAGGAUUGGAGGCGGCAGAUUAUAAAGAGAGUUUGGACAAAUUGGCUGAAUUCAAAGAUAAUUAUGAAGAUGACUUUGAACUUUAAUUACAGUAAUUAAGCUUAACUUAACUUUUAUCUUGUAUUGUGCUAUAACAUGAUAUUAAUUUAUUCAUAAGUGCCUUUUCAAUAAAACCAUAAAGAAAAAUU